ACCAGCACCACCACCACCACCACCACCACCAGCAGCAGCAGCAGCAGCAGCAGCAACAGCAGCAGAAGCAGGAUGUUGUGUCCCAGCGUCUUCCAGCCGUCCCCCGUCACCAUGAGGCCUUUCAUGGACCUGCACUGGCCCGUCCGCAGCCUGUGGCCCGAGACCCGGCCGCUCUUCUACCACAUCGAGCAGGAGAUGAUCCGCCACAUGCAGGAGAUGAGGCAGAGCAUGGAGUACAUGGAGAGGCUGCACCAGAAGAUCUUCGAGGAGAUCGACCAGACCUCCUCCUCUACGGGGGUCUUCAAGCCCAUCGCCUUCGAGGAUCUGGGCCAGAACAGCAGCAGCUUCGCCCUCAGCCUGGACACUAAAGAGUUUUCCCCGGAGGAGCUGUCAGUCAAACAGGUGGGCAGGAAGCUGAGGGUGAGUGGCAGGACGGAGAAGAAGCAGGACGACGGGAAGGGCUCCUACUCCUACAGGUGUCAGGAGUUCAGGCAGGAGUUCGACCUGCCGGACGGCGUCCAGCCCGACGCCGUCUCCUGCUCGCUGGUGGGCGGCCGGCUGCAGAUCCAGGCGCCGAGGGAGAAAGCGGCCGGCGACGGGAAGGAGAGAGUCGUCCCCAUCAGCGUCACCUCGGCCCCGGCCAUCACAUCCUCCACCACCUCCACCUCCACCUCCUCCUCCUCCCCGACCUGCGGGGGGCCGGAGAGGAGCGGCUCCUCCUCCUCAGAGAGCUGCCCCGCUGAGAAAAACUGAACUGCAGACACAGAGUGAAACAUCUCAUCUAUUCAAACACCUUCGUUGUCUCAGUGUGGCGUUGUUGUAAUCUGAUGCACUUUGAUUUUUAACUGUUUAUAAUAAACUUAUAACUGUUUCA